GGUUUCAUUCGAGUUGUUUCAUUUUCAUCAUAAAGGUGAAUGCAUUUAACUCCAGUUUCGCGACGAAGUGAAGAAAAAUUGUUGAUCAAUCAAGCACAAGAAAAAGUUGCAAUUUAAAGAAGAAAAUAAAAAAAGAUUUGAAUUGUCUUGAUAAGAAGUGAAAAGUGAUACAAUAAAUUAACGAAGAAGAUUGAAAAAGAGAAGUUUCUGUCCCGUUUUUGGAUUACACUAGAGCGACAUAUCUGGGUUAACAAUGGAAGCAAAGAUGGAAAAAGAUGCCGACUCAAUGGUUGUAAAGCCCGGCGAAUAUGCAGCGAGUGAAUAUUCAGCAUCGUCUGAACCUCCACCACUCAAUGCUAGCGUUUUCUAUGCUUGCGUCGGAAAGUCUGAAAUUGUUACUCUGGUGUCUUUAUCAACAAAUUUGAAUCAUAAUUGCCAAGCAUUAAGUCAUUUUAAUGGAGUCAUUUCAGACGAGACAAGAGACAAUGAAUGA